AUGGUAGGCGAGGGGACAAGUGGCCGUCAGUCGACUCGACUCAAUGCGUCAGCCGUGCCUCACCAAGUCUGCAUUGCCGUCUCCGUCAUUUCCCCCGUUGCCCCUGUGGAUGGCCCAUCGCUGCAGGGGUGCAGCAGACGCCACUCAACGGAGCAGCUACCACCACCACCCCUCUUCCAUGGUCGGUGCUGCCUCUGCCCCUCACCUCCACACGCCCCCGCUCCUUUCAUUGUCGUCCGACUUGUUCUCGUGCUCUCCCUGCCUCUCCGCACCUGCGGAUUUCUCUCUCCCUCCCUCCGCCCUCGCUCACGCUUCACUCCCCCAUUCUCCCCUCCCUCUUCGCCCCCCCUUCCGUAUUACCAUGAACCUCCUUCUCUCCCUUCCUUGCUGCUUCUCUCUGUUGGAGUUCGUCCUUUCUCUCUGUUGGAGUUCGUCCUUUCUCUCCGUUGGAGUUCGUCCUUUCUCUCCGUUGGAGUUCGUCCUUUCUCUCUGUUGGAGUUCGUCCUUUCUCUCUGUUGGAGUUCGUCCUUUCUCUCCGUUGGAGUUCGUCCUUUCUCUCCGUUGGAGUUCGUCCUUUCUCUCUGUUGGAGUUCGUCCUUUCUCUCUGUUGGAGUUCGUCCUUUCUCUCCGUUGGAGUUCGUCCUUUCUCUCCGUUGGAGUUCGUCGUCUGUUCCACAGCAGCAGAAUCUACAGCAGCAGCAGCAGCAGCAGCAGGGCGGGGGGGGUGCGGAGGUGCAGCGGUGGUAUCUAGACAACACUGAGCUAGAGGCGUUCCUCAGGGCCUAUGUGGACCGAUGCAGCCACAUGGCACGCCUCUAUAGCAUCGGCCGCAGUGUGCUGGGCGUGCCUCUGUGGGUGCUGCUCAUCACUUUGAACCCAACUGAAAAGCGCCCUCGCUUCACAUUCAAGUACAUAGGCGGCGUGCAUGGGGACGAGCCGCUGGGGCGGCAGCUUUUGCUGUACCUCGCGGACUGGCUGUGCAACAACUAUCCUUCACACCCCCUUGCGAGGGAGGUGGUGGAGGGGGUGGAGCUGCACCUACUGCCAGCAAUGAACCCCGAUGGCUUCACGCUGCACACCAGGGAGAACGCCAACCGAGUCGAUCUCAACCGCGCCUUCCCUGACCACUGGUUCGCGGAGAUGAAUGCGGAGGAGGCGGGUCAGCAGGCGGAGGUGCGCGCCGUGAUGCGGUGGACACAGCGCCACCACUUCAGCGCCUCUGCUAGCCUGCACGGGGGAGCACUGGUGGCGAGCUAUGCAUGGGACGGCACUAAGGACAAAGGGUACCGCCCUUGCCCACCCCACCCAUGUGCUGCCAUGCAUCGCCCUGUGCCUCCAUCUUUCCUAUCUUGCAUCCGUUUUCCUGUUCCCUCUGCUGUCAUUGAUUAUCCUGCCUCCCCCUCCCCUUUUCUCCCCACACUCCCUUCCCUCCCUCCACUCAACCACAGAACUUCCCACUUCUCAUCUUCAUCCCAUAAACCCAUCUCUCCCAUUCCAACUCCCCCAUCCUCUUCCCUCACCCCCCAACAACCCCCCUCCCGCCAACCGCCCUCGCCCCCGUGGCACCAGAGCAGCACGCACUACGCUGCAUCGCCAGACGACGCCACGUUCCGCCUCAUGGCCACCACCUACGCCACCGCCCACCCCUCCAUGGCGCUCUCGCGUGACUUCCCCGGCGGCAUCACCAACGGCGCCUCCUGGUACCGCGCCCAGGGGGGAGUGGCUGGGGCCUCCUCCAUGCCUCGCCCAUGCCCACCCACACCUACCCCAUGCCUCCCUCCCCUAUGCCUCCCCCAUCCCUCCGCCAUGCCUCCCCCAUGCCUCCCCCAUGCCUCCCCCAUGCCUCCCCCAUGCCUCCCCCAUGCCUCCCCCAUGCCUCCCCCAUGCCUCCCCCAUGCUCCGCCAUGUCCCGACCAUGCGGCCAUGUGCCCUUCCUCGUAUGCCCUCGCCCUUCCUCGUACGCCCUCGCCCUUCCUCGUACCCCUCGCCCUUCCUCGUACCCCUCGCUCUUCCUCGUAUGCCCUCGCCCUUCCUCGUACGCCCUCGCCCUUCCUCGUAUGCCCUCGCCCUUCCUCAUACGCCCUCGCCCUUCCUCGUACGCCCUCGCUCUUCCUCGUAUGCCCUCGCCCUUCCUCGCACGCCCUCGCCCUUCCUCGUAUGCCCUCGCCCUUCCUCGUAUGCCCUCGCCCUUCCUCGUAUGCCCUCGCCCUUCCUCGUACGCCCUCGCCCUUCCUCGUACGCCCUCGCCCUUCCUCGUACGCCCUCGCCCUUCCUCGUACGCCCUCGCCCUUCCUCGUACGCCCUCGCCCUUCCUCGUACGCCCUCGCCCUUCCUCGUACGUCCUCGCCCUUCCUCGUACGCCCUCGCCCUUCCCCGUACGCCCCUUACCGCCUCCACCCUCUUGCCGCUGCUCUUCUGCCUCAGCUGUGGGAGGAGCACCGACCGGCCCUGCUCGCCCUCCUCACCUCCACUGCCAAGAUGGGCGUGCAGGGCACGGUGCUGUGUGCAGCCACCUCGGCGCCCCUGCCUGCCAGCAUCGCGGUGCAUGGGAUUGACAUCCAGGUGAUGGCGUCAAAGCGCUUUGGGGACUUUUACCGCCUGCUGCCGCCAGGGAACUACACAGUGACCAUAUCACACCCGGGGCACAUCAACCACACCACCAACGUCACAGUGCACUCAGGCCGCCCCACGCUGCUACACGUCCUUCUCCGCCCCUCCUCUCCCCCCUCCCUCCACGCCCCCUCUAUCUUCCAAACCCGCUCCUUGCCCCCCCCGCCCUCCCACCCCUCGGGCCUCGCCGCCUGGCUACCCUGGCACUGGGGCAGCAAGAGAGGAGACGCCACGGGAAAGCAGGGAGUAAGGAAGGGGGGAGGGCAGGGAGGCAGGGCAGGGGGGGCAGAUGAUCCGUCUCUGGUGCUGCCUUCACGGCAGCAGGCAGCAGCAGCGGCGGCAGCAGGGGGGGUGUUGAGUAGUGAUGAGGUGAUGUGGGCGGUGGGCAUGGGCAGCAGUGCAGCGCUGGCGGCAGCAGUGGUGGCGGUGGUGCUGCUGGGCGGGCUGCUCAUGAUGGUGGGCCACCGCCGCCGCCGCUUUCUCUUCUCCCACCGGGGGCUGCCUCUACGCUCGCUGCCGAAAGUGUGA